UUUGUUGUUUUGAAGCUAUCAGCUAGGUGCACGCGAGAGGUGUGAACCGCGUUGGACCAAGUCUGUUCUGGGAACGAGCGGAGGAAAAGUGUCAGUAUCAGCCAAUCAGUAUCCAGCAGGUGGUGGUCAACCCAGCACCUAGGUGCCUGAGGCUUGCCAAAUUGACCAGAGCAUCAAGCUUAAAUAAGGCCAAGUGUUCCAAUACUCAUUGUUAGAUCACAGUAAUUUCCUAUUUACCCUUCAUUACUGGAACCUUGAAAGCCUGCCCUGACAUGCCAAGGACUAGCGCGAUGAGCAAGCAGGCGGAGAGCUGCAGCAUGCCCAAGGAGAAGUGGGCUGGCCGGCUGGAGCGUGUGCACGUCAGCAGGUCGGACAUGAAUCGGCUCAUCAUGAACUACCUGGUGACCGAGGGAUUCAAGGAAGCUGCCGAGAAGUUUUCUCUGGAAUCGGGGGUGGCCUCUGAGGUGGACCUGGCGUCUCUCGAUGAUCGCAUCAGGAUCCGGGACGCUAUCCGCGAGGGGCGCAUCUCGGACGCGACGGACGUGGUCAACAAGCUGCACCCGGAGCUGCUGGACAGCGACCGCUACCUCUACUUCCACCUGCAGCAGCAGCAUCUGAUCGAGCUGAUCCGCGACGGCCGCGUGGAGGAGGCGCUGAGCUUCGCUCAGCAGAGCCUGGCCGAGCGGGGCGAGGAGAACACUGAGGUGCUGACAGAGCUGGAGCGCACGCUGGCUCUGCUCGCUUUUGAGGACCCGGCCAACUGCCCCUUCGGCGACCUGCUGAACGCCUCGCACCGGCAGAAGGUGGCGAGUGAGCUGAACGCGGCGAUCCUGCGCCAGGAGAGCUCCGCUGACCCGACCACCCGCCUGGAGACGCUGCUCAAGCUGCUGCUUUGGGCGCAGAUGCAGCUGGACCAGAAGAAGAUGCGCUUCCCGCGCAUGACCGACCUCGCCAGCGGCACGCUGGACGACUGAGCGUCGGUCACCAGCGUCAGCUGUGGCGACGGUCGGCGGACCGCGGGCGACCCCGAGCCUGGCGCGGGCGGUGGCGGG